AGUAUAAUGUCUUUAUUUAAAAAGUAUAGUGUGCAGUCUACUGCUCCUUAUACCCUGUGGCUGUUGAAUGGCACUGGGAUAACUCUUCAUAAGCCAGUAAUUCUGAAGACCUGUAAAAAAUGUCUAAUUAGCUGGUAAAUGAAUGUCCAGGCUCCCUAUAACAGGACCUGCGUGCUACCGCACACUGGCUCACAUCAAAUUAAAAUGAACAAGAUAUGCAAAAUCCACGGCCUACACUGUCCAGUAAGGCCAGAGAAAUGAUUUACUUUUGGUGUUACUUGGCAGUGUGCAGAAGAUGUCAUCAGCAAAACCGCCGCCAGGAUUCCACAGAAAAACCGCGAUUUUCUGAAAAGUGUUUGUAUAAAUUUGUUGACGGCGACAUGUCGUAAAGACAACAAAAACGAACAAUCACCAACGGUUUAACCUCAGCGUGAAAUAUACACAUAGCUAAGCUGUCCGCGAGACGUUCGUAAACUUCAACAAUCACAUUAAACAGACUCCGCCUCCUCUUGCGGCACCACAUCGUUUUGUGCCGCAGGCCUCCCGUUCCCACGGAUAUGCGUAUAGUUCUGAUAAGAGGCCUGAGCUCUGCUCUUCCAGUUACAAUCCGAAAUUUAAUUAGAACAAAAGUAUUUGGAACAAGAAAUACUUCAGGAAUUGCAGAAGGGUAUAAACAGGCUAAUAUUGUGAUCCUGCACAAGUCAUUCGCUGAUGAUUUCGAAAAAUUCUGCCAUGCAAACAGUGGACCUUUACCAUUACUGUACAGGAGCAAAACCGGGGAAUGGAGGUGUCCUCCGCUGGCUACAGAUGCUGACAUCAGGACUGACUGUCCCCUGUAUAACAAGUAUGAGUAUGGAGAAGUUACUGGCACUCUGAGCAGCCUGAUGGACUAUACUGAACAACUCCAGGAGAUGGUCACUUUCUACUUGGGCUGUAGCUUUUCUUUUGAAGAAGCAGUUUUAAAAGCUGCAAUUCCAAUAAGAAAUGUGGAACAGAGGCACAAUAUCAGCAUGUUUAAGACCCAAGUACCAUGUUUCCCAUCUGGCAAUUUUAAGUGCAAUUUAGUGGUAACUAUGAGGCCUAUCCCAGAAGAUAAACUGAAUGCUGUUUCACAAGUCACACACCGACUGCAAGAUGCCCAUGGAGCACCGAUCCAUAUAGGUGAUCCAGGGCUUUUAGGAAUUGGAAACCUGUCCAGACCAGAUUACGGAGAUCCAGUUCAGCCUCAGCCAGGAGACGUACCCGUGUUUUGGGCUUGUGGCGUAACUGGACUGGAAGCUGUCCGCAGUGCUAAGACUGCUACCCUGGCUUUUACCCAUUCACCAGGUUGCAUGUUUGUUACCGAUCUUACAAGUGAGAAAACAGAAGGCAAGCUUGCAGUGCACCCUUCAGAAAUACCACAUGUGUUUUGUAUUUCCAAGAAUCCUUUGCAUUAUAGCAUUGCCUCAGCUGAAGCCAUUGAAAGAAUUCGAGGAUUAGAAAGAUUGAUUGGUAUUGAUCCAGGUGAGAGAGGCAUCAAACACCUGCUGCUUCAGGAUGAACUUGUGAAGGCGGCAUUGUCUUUGUCACAUGCUAAGUCGGUGCUUAUAACGACUGGAUUUCCAACCCACUAUGAGCACAACCCACCUGAGGAAAAUGAUGGGCCACCAGGAGCCAUUGCAAUGGCAGCCAUGCUUCAGGCUUUGAAUAAAGAGGUUGCCAUAGUAACUGAUCAGCGAGCCAUUGCCUUGUAUGAGAAGAUCAUCAACGAUGCGUUUCAGGAAGGUAUCCUGAAGACGCGUAUCCGUCUUGUUGCUUAUAAGAAGGCAGGACUCAAUGCAGCACUGAUGUUCCUGUGUCAUGAUGGCGACACUCAUAAACCCAGAUUUGAUCACUUGGUUGCCAUAGAACGUGCAGGUAUGGCUGCUGAUGGUAAUUACUAUAAUGCUAGAAAAAUAAAUAUUAAGCACCUGGUUGACCCCAUUGAUGACCUCUUCUUAGCUGCACAAACAAUUCCUGGAAUUACUACUACAGGUAUUGGUGAUGGAGGAAAUGAACUGGGAAUGGGUAAAGUGAAAGAAGCAGUUAAAAAACAUAUUAAGAAUGGCAGUACCAUUGCUUGCGAUGUCGCCGCUGAUUUUGCUGUUAUUGCUGGUGUCUCUAACUGGGGAGGUUAUGCUGUUUCCUGUGCCUUGUAUAUUCUCAGUUCUUGUGAAAUACAUGACCGUUACCUGAGGAAAGCAGUUGGGUUCCCUAGGAAAACAGAGAAAGAUGACUGGAAUGCUGCUCUGCCUUCUGUUCAUAAGGAGGAGAAGAUGCUGGAGAUCCAUGUGAAGCACAAGAUACGGAGUGGGAAGACUGCGACUCUAGGCAUGGAGGUUGAUGGGCUGCCAUUUUAUGAUGUUCAUUCUACUAUGAUCCAGCAGUUGCUUGAAGAAUCUCUUAGAAAACCCUCAUCGUGAUCGUCUGAAGAGCAAUUUUCAAUUGUGUCUGUUUGAUGUAAAACAUUAAGAUGAUUAUAUAGCAUAAUGAUUUAUUAGUUCAGAAAGGAUGCUGUAUUUCUUUGUGAAUACUUUCAAGGUUUACUAAUGCUGCAUGCUCUUGUCAUUUCUGUUAUUAAUAUGUAUUUACAGUAUUCUGUGUUCCUAUAGCAUUUAAAUAGUAUAAGGUGAAGUAAAUGCUCACGUGUAACAUUUAUCUGAGCCAGUCAGCACUUCCCGUAAUGUGAGAUGUUAAGACUAUGACUGAGCUGAUACUAUUUCUGUCUUUUACUGUCGAGUUUGUUGAUAAUGCAGUCUGCAAGAGCAGCAUGUUUACAGUUGCACAGGGGUCUACCUGCUGAGACUUGAUCUCACACACAGGGGGUCUACCUGCUGAGACUUGAUCUCACACACGGGGGUCUACCUGCUGAGACUUGAUCUCACACACACAGGGGGUCUACCUGCUGAGACUUGAUCUCACACACGGGGGUCUACCUGCUGAGACUUGAUCUCACACACAGGGGGUCUACCUGCUGAGACUUGAUCUCACACAGGGGUCUACCUGCUGAGACUUGAUCUCACAUAGGGGUCUACAUGCUGGGACUUGAUCUCACACAGGGGUCUACAUGAUGGGACUUGAUCUCACAUAGGGGUCUACAUGCUGGGACUUGAUCUCACACAGGGGUCUAAAUUAUGGGACUUGAUCUCACAUGGGGGUCUAUCUGCUGAGACUUGAUCUCACACACAGGGGUCUACCUGCUGAGACUUGAUCUCACAUGGGGGUCUACAUGCUGGGACUUGAUCUCACAUGGGGGUCUACCUGCUGGGACUCGAUCUCACACGGGGGUGUACAUGCUGGGACUUGAUCUCACAUGGGGGUCUACAUGCUGGGACUUGAUCUCACAUGGGAGUCUACCUGCUGAGACUUGAUCUCACAUGGGGGUCUACAUGCUGGGACUUGAUCUCACAUGGGGUCUACCUGCUGGGACAAAAUCUCACACGGGGGUGUACAUGCUGGGACUUGAUCUCACAUGGGGGUCUACAUGCUGGGACUUGAUCUCACGUGGGAGUCUACCUGCUGAGACUUGAUCUCACACGGGGGUCUACAUGCUGGGACUUGAUCUCACAUGGGGGUCUACCUGCUGAGACUUGAUCUCCUUCUGCCAGCAUUAUAAGGUUGCUGCAGCUAAAUAAUUCUUAUUCCCUGCAUGCAGCAGCCUCAGAGCAGAUAUAUAAUUCAGGGAAGAGAACGGGUGAUUUUAUCUAUUUUUAUUUUGCUGUUAUUGCAGUGUUUAUGUUGGUUUUACACUCUUAGCAGUUUCUGAUGAAUUUAGUUUCACUCAGCAUUAUGGCUUUAUUGGAUUGACUGUUCAAUCCACAGUGAGUAAUUUAUAUAUGCGUGGGUGUGUGUAUAUAUAUUUUGCCCUCUCACAUGCCAAAUCUUCAGAGGAAGCUUCCUUUGGCCUAUUCACCUGGGUUACUGAGCAUGCUUACUCCAGUGCUAGUUGGUUCUCUCCAGGGUCUGGCAUUCUUGAGCCUUUACCAAGCACUCAUUGUAGGAAUGUGCCACUGCCCAAUGCUAGUCCUUCCCCUUACCAUUGAAAUGAUUCCACGGUCACUAGAUUCCUUGUCAGGUCCAUCACAUGCAGCAACUUUUCUGUAUCACAUAAGGGAAUCAUGUUGCCAAAUGCUAUCACUAUUUCACGUCAGCUACCUGCCGAAGGUAACAGCUGAAGGUAGAGACCAUCAGUGCCACUGAUUGCCUUCCCACUGGUGAGUUAAUCAGAACUGCUAAAUGUAGCUGUAGUACAACCUGCUCCUUCAUCAAACUCCUUAGCAUCUAGGGAGACGUUGUUCAUAAGCUUGAGAUCUUCUGGCAUCAGGGAAGUCUAGCAGGGAAGCACCAUCCAAGAACCCAGUUUUGAAGUGAGACCUAGAUUUCAUUUUCUCAUGUUCUUCUUUCUCUGGCGGUGCAUUUGGAGAAGUUCUUACUGUAGAGACUAGGAAGCCUUGAUUCCUGUUGUUGUUGUUGUUGUUGUGUCUUUCGGCUUUUCCCAGUUAGGGGUUGCCACAGCGGAACUCCGGUCCGCU